GUUCCAUCGCUUCUAUCGUAUUUAAAACAUACAAAAUUUCUGUGAACUCAAGUUAUAAAUCAGACAACAACUAUCACUCGAGUUCAAAUAUCGUCAUGUUUCUCGAUGCCUUUGGAGCACCCAAGGAUGUGACACCGGAUAAUCUGCACGAAUAUACGUAUGAUCUGCACGGCGUUAUGCUGCUGACAUCGGCCGAUUAUGAGGUCUAUAUACCGCCGCGUUGGCAUGGCACCGUCUAUAGCACAGAGGAGUUGCUGGAUAGCUAUCGCAAGCGCUUCAAGCCCGAUUCCACGCUGUUGACCUUUCACGCCCUGGAACCCUAUGAGCCGGAGCUAAUCUGUUGCGAGCGCUGUGUGGUGGAGAUAACCGUGUUGCCGGCGGGCCAGACCCUGCACACGGGCACCGAGAUUGUCGUGUUUUUGGUCAAAAUAUACGAGGUGAACACACUGAUCACCAAGGAAUUGGGCACCGAACUCAAUUUCUUUCCGAGCAAUCAUCACUAUCACGUGCGCAUCAUGAACGAGGGUAUUGACAUACUCUACGUGGACGACAAAAUCUAUUCUGGCCAAGUAAUCAGCGGCGUCAGCUAUCAGCAUCAGUGCGUCCAGAAUCUGCUUAAGAAACUGCAGCCGUUGGGCGUGAAGAGCCUAUCCGGCCAACAGCUGCCGGAUCAGCUAACUAACAUGUGCCGCAAAGUGGAUGCCGCCCCCAAAAAAUAAUGCUUCUACACUCUCUACUACUAAUACACUCAGUAAAAAUGGAUUUUUCAUUAUUGAA